GGAGCGACGGUUGGCGCUUUCAGUUAGUUGGCCACGAAGAGAUAUGUUCCCAGCUUCUCCGCGCGGUAAACUGGCUCGCUUGUCCUUUGUUCUGUAACUUGUAGGUCCUUACUGUUGGUGAUGUCCCUUCUGAUACUCAGUCCUUUAUUCCUUUAUAGCUGUUAAAUGGCAAAAGAAGGCCCGAAGCACGCUGUUAAUGCUCAUCCACGAUGGUUUACACCUUUGCGACUGCUUGGUAUAUUUUGUAUGACAAAUCUGGUGGUCUAUUUAGACCGAGGUCUUAUAGCUAGCAAUGGCGUCAACGGCUCGCCUCGCACAGUGGAGGACCCACGCGGGUCAGGCAUUCAGGGCGAAUUCGGUUUGUCGUACUUCCAGGACGGCCUGCUGCCCGCCUUCUUCAUGGUGGGGCUGCUGCUCAGCUCCCCGGUCUUCGCGGAGGCAUGCAAGCACGUGAGCGGCUUCCGGCUGCUAGGCGCCGGCAUGGGCGUGUGGGCCGCGGCGGUGCUGGGCUGCGGCGGCGCGCCCAGCUUUGGCUGGCUGCUGGUGGCGCGGGCGUUCGUGGGGGUGGGCGAGGCUUCGUUUGUGGCGCUGGCGGCGCCCUUCAUUGACGACUUCGCCCCCGUCUCCCAGAAGACCCGCUGGUUCGCCGCCUUCUACCUCUGCAUCCCCGUGGGAUUCGCCGCCGGCUACAUCGUGGGCGGCCUGCUGCCGGCCCUGCUGGGCUCCUGGCGCUGGGCCUUCGUGGCGGAGGGGCUCGCCAUGACGCCCUUCAUCGCCUUUGCCCUCACCGCACAGCCCCUACACCUCCGCGGCUCCUCGUCUUCCUCCUCCUCACAUCGCUCCCGCUUCUCCAAUCACCACCACCCGCAUAACCAUCAGCAUCUUCAGCAGCAGCACCCCACCGCGUCCCGCUGGCGUGCGUUGUUACGUGAGUUCGGCGCCGACGUGGCGACCGUGUGCCGCCAGCGUGUGUGGGUCGCGGUGUGCGCCGCCUACACCGCCUACGUAGCCGUGCUAGGGGUGUACGCGUACUGGGGGCCGCAGGCGGGCCGACAGCUCUUCUUCGGUCCUGGAUCAGGAUCUGGAUCCGGAUCCGGUGGUGGAGAAAACGCGGACAUGGUGUUUGGUGGCGUGACGGUGCUGACGGGGGUGUUGGGUUCGGUUGCGGGCGGUUGGGCGUUGGAUUCGUUGGGUGCCAGUCUGCGGUCCGCGUGUUUGUUGAGCGCGGGGAGCUGUGUUGCGGGGAUGGCGGUGCUGCUGGUGGCGUUUGGGGCGGCGGGGAGCUUCGCGGGAUUCAUGGCGGCGUUUGCGGUGGGGCAGCUGCUCAUAUUCCUGCUGCAGGCCCCUGUCGCUGCUCUGGGCAUGUGGUGUGUCCCCCCCGCACUGCGGCCUCUGGGCGCCUCCCUGAUGACCGUCUCCAUCCACCUGCUGGGCGACGUGCCCUCGCCGCCACUAGUGGGGCUGCUGCAGGGGCGGCUGGCGGCGGGGAAGGACCCCGCGGCGGCAGCGCAGCAGUGGCGCGUGUCGCUGAGUGUGUGCAGCCUGCUGCUGCUGGUGAGCGGCGGGCUGUUCCUGGUUGCGGCUUGGCAGGCGGGGCCGGGUACGGAUUACAGGGGGAAGACGGGGGAGGAUGAGGAAGAGGAG